AGCUGAAUAGAAUGUGGAUAAAAGGGCGUUAUUUGAAGUUCUGCAAAUAAUUCACAAUGGUAUCAUCUCAUCUGGAGCAAUGGUCAGAGGAGAAGACUUGAAAUGCAGCUCAUGUGUUUGAGACCAAACAUUAACACCUGGGUCAGCAUUAUUCUGGGAGUAGUUUUGGCUCUUGUUUUGACAUCACAAGUGGCUGGAGAUGUACCAUUUCAACAGCAUUAUUACAGAGGUUCCGCGAUAGACUUAAGGGGUUACAUUAAAGGACAGGUAUGGUUUUCUAAGAAAACAAAAUGUCAUACUGCAGGAGGUAAUGGCGAGCAUCCAAAUGAACUGCAACAAUCACUUCAACCUGAGCAGUCACAGCAGCCACAAAGUGAACAAACAGAUCACCCUGAAAGUGAACAACCAUAUCAACCUGAAACUGAGCCACCAGAUCAUCCUGGAAACGAGCACCAAGAUAAACCUUCAUCUGAGCAAUCAAAUCAACCCCCAGAUGGGCAACCAGUUCAGCCUCCUUCUGACCAGCCAGAUGAGCCUAUGGAUGAGCAAAUGGACAAUCCUCCAGAUGCUGAUGAAGAGGAUGAUUUUGCUGAUGAUUCUGAAGAGCCCCAAGGAGAUAGCACAGACGCAGUUACAAAUGUUCCCUUGCAGCUAGGCUCACAUUUAUGGCCAUAUGAAUGUCCAAAAGGACAUCCAGAGGUAAAAUACCUGAGUGAGACAUGUUCCUCCACAAAUGAUAGUUUAUGCAAACUAUGUGCAGGUGGCACAGUUCUGAUGUGUUGCAGCAAUACAAUAUCAAGAGAAGCUGUAAGAAAUGCUCCAGUGGAAGCAAUGUAUUUGCAAAUUUGGAAUGCCAGAACUGACCAUAUAUUCCAGAACAUAACUGUCAGAGCAGUAUAUAUUAAAUUAUUUGAAGCUACAAUUGAAGAAGGUGCAUUCAAGGGCUCAGAGGAUAUUGAAACACUGGAUAUAACAGACAGCCAUUUUGGGCAUAUGAAAAGGAUGGAUCUGAUAUUUGAAGGUCUUCAUAAGCUGAAAGCUCUGUAUUUGGAUAACAAUGGAAUCACAACAUGGGAUACCACUGAUACUGAUGCCAUUAACUCAAAUAAAAGUCUGCAAAUGCUGCCAUCAUUGGAAGUUCUCUCUCUCAAAAGAAAUUUGUUUGAAACUCUAGGGAGUAAUUUCUUUGAAUGGCUGGAAGGCUCCCCAUUGAGAUACCUAAAUCUUGAGGGUUGUAAUAAAAUUGUGAAGAUUGAUCCAGGAGUUCUUCUUCCAGUCAAAGACAGUUUGUGGAUUCUGGAGCUAGCAUAUACCAAUAUGAAUGAACAUAACCUGACAAAUAUUCUGUCCUCUAACUUGACAGAGUUAAAAGCACUGGGUUUGAAAUCACUUGGUUUGCAAGAUGUACCAAGAAGUGCACUUGAAAUGGUGAAUGGUUCACUUGAAGUACUUUCACUCCAAAGCAACCCUCUAACAUAUGUCUGUAGGAAAUGUGAUCCAACCCAACAUGCUCCACCAGAAAGGCAAAAUGAGAGGAUGCUGCAGGAUGUUUUUCCAUAUAUGCCCAAACUCAGAGAACUUAGUCUUGCAAACUGUGAUAUUACUGUGUUUCCAGAAAAUACCUUUCAUAAUUUAGAAAAUCUGAGAAAACUGUCCAUACACCAAAACCCAUACAGCAAGUUUGAACAAGGGAUAUUUCAAAAUUUGAAGAAGCUUAAGUACUUGAAUAUGGGCUAUAUUGCAUCAGAAGAGGAUUUGGAAAUAGAUUUUAGAGGCCUUAAUGAACUUGAAGUUCUUGAUGCUACUCAUACUAGACUUCCAGUGACAGAAUAUACAUUUUGUAACUUACCAAAUUUAAAAGAAUUACAACUUAAAGAAUCAGAACUACUAACCUAUGAUCCAACAGUUUCAAAAUGUUUGACAAAUCUGGAAGUUUUAGAUCUGUCUGGUAACCAAAUAUUAUGUGAUCACUUUUAUGAAAUAUUCAAUGAAAGCUUGAACCUAACCAAAUUAGGAAUGUCUGACUGUGAGUAUCAUAAUUUGAAGGAAGAAUCAAUUGCUGGGUUUGUAAGAAACCUGAAACAAUUAAAAUUUCUUUCUCUUGAAAGAAAUAAGUUCACUUCCAUGCAUGCAUUAAAGUUUGUAGGAGACUUAAAUAACUUGGAAACACUUAAUCUAAAUGGAAACAACUUAAUUUCAUGGGAUAAUGAUGUUUUACCCAGUACUGUGAAGUUGAAAAAUGUAUUUAUUGCCUCAAAUCAAAUUACUGGCAUCAGUAGAGGAAUGAUGAAGGAUUUCUUAACAUUGAACACACUGGAUGCAUCAAACAAUCCAUAUCUCUGUUACUGUAGCUUAAGUGAUUUCAAUAAGUUUGCUCAAUUACUUAGCGAACGAAAGAAAACCUGUGAGAAGUUUUGUGCAAUGACUGAUGGUAUACAGCAUCAAAAAAAUUCUUCAUGUCUCGAAAAAUGUAGAAAGGAAAGCAAAUAUAACAAAGAUUUACAACAAAUGAUUGAUAAUGUCAAUGGCAGUUAUAAAGCUGAAGAGAUUACGCUGGAAAUUAAAGGGUGGCAUGAAGGAACAUAUCAAUGUUUAGACAGAUCUGGCAGGACAAAUAUUCAGAAUUUUCAGUUUGAAAACUGGCAAUGUUUUCCUAACAGGAUAGGUUACUCAUCACCGGAAGAGCAAAUAAUGGCAACGUGGAAGAUUGUUGUCAUUGUACUGAGCUGUGUCAUAGUACUGAUGUUGGGAGUAUGCUACUGGAAAUGGAAAUACAUAUAUCAGUUUGGUCGAGCAGUACGCAGUGUCACAUUGCUCCGUCUGCUGGAUGAUGAAAAAAAUUGUCCCAAUAAUGGAGAAGUCGGUGCUGGAUCAGCGUUCUCUUAUGACGUAUUUAUAUCAUACAGUGAUCCCAAUAGACAAUGGGUACUUGAAGAGCUGGUGCCAAAUUUUGAGGAAAACUCAGAUCUCAAAGUAUGUCUGCAUGAAAGAGAUUUCCAGGUUGGCUUGAGCAUACUAGAGAACAUUAUCUCAUGCAUGGAUCAGAGCAGAAGUAUCUUGCUGGUCAUCUCACAGGCUUUUCUUCGCAGUCAGUGGUGUCAAUUUGAAUUACACAUGGCACAACAUCGCUUGCUUGAGACUCGACGUGAGGAUUUGAUUCUUGUUCUCCUCGAGGAGAUACCAACAAGCAGAAGACCCAAAAUGCUGCGUUACCUUAUGCUCACGAAAACUUACAUACAGUGGCCUGGAUAUGAUGCUGGAGCAGAAGAACUCAAAUUGUUCUGGAAGAGACUGCGUCGCGCAGUACUGCUGCCACGUGUGAUUCAAAUUCAAGAUGCACAGGCUUGAGAUGACAGCCAAAAAGAAGGAGAUAGAUUGGAAUACAGCUGUUUUGGGGAGGCUUGUCAGCCCAGAAAAGGAGAUAGAUUAAAAUGUGAUUGAUUUCUGGAGAGAUUUUAUUAGUGCUUCAUGAGGUGCAGUUAGAUUAGAAUGUGAUACUGCAUAAGUGAAAUGUUGAAGCAAGAUGUUAUAUUUUUAUGGUAGUUAAUACUAAUCAGUUAACUCCAUUCUGAGUUAAUGCCUAGCUAUGUAACUUUCUGAAGCAUUACUGAAUAAUUAAGAUGUAUUGAAGAAUAUUUCCAAAUUAGAAAUGUGGAUAAAAGGAAUAGAAAUGCCAUUUGCAAUAUUGAAAGCAGCAGAAUGACAUAGUAAUCACAUCAAUGAGAGCACUUGUACAGAAUCACAGAUGAAUUAUGUUUGAGGAAAAAAGAACAUAGCAACUACAUUAUUUGAUGUAGUGAGUUUUAAUUUGUUAAGAACAGUACAUAUUCUUCCCAUCUAUCCUGAACAUCAUUCAUAGCUAUUCUGCAUGAUGCUUUUCAGGCUGUUGUUUUCAUGAUGACAGUGAAAUUGUUGUCAAGUGCCAAAUGCCUAAUGGAAAAUCAAGAAUUAUGGAAAGGAUAGAGUGCUACUCAUCGUAAUGAUGACUUGCUGAAUUUCUGACGUGCACAAUGAAAUGACUGUUACAUUAAGCUUUCAGCCAAAACCUUCUUAAGAAAAGAGAAACACACAUAAAUUCAAACAAGCAAGCACACCUCACACAAGACUGCUAUCUCUCGCUGCUCUGGUCUUUGAGGAGCCAAGACAGCAGUCGUGUGUGUGUGUGUGUGUGUGUGUGUGUGUGUUUGUGUGUGUGUGUGUGUGUGUGUGUGUGUGUGUGUGUGUGUGAGAGAGAGAGAGAGAGAGAGAG